GUAGGGUAAUUGCAUCUAAACCUGUGAUGAAUCUGGAUUAACAUGUGUUCACAAGCCUUUAAAAGCAAUAGCUCAUAAAGGCCAACGUGUUGUAUCUUCAGUAACUAGUGGUGAGAGAGGCCAAACAACAACUGUUAUACUAGCUUUUAAUUGUGUGGGACACUACAUACCUCCUAUGAUUAUUUUUAAAAGAAAACGGAUGCUAGAUUCAUUGAUUGAUGACGCACCACCAGGAAUACUUGGACGCUGUUCUAAAAGUGGUUGGGUAGAUACAAAUUUGUUUAUGGAUUUUAUAAGACACUUUGUAAUACAUGGAAAUUGUAGCACUACAAAUAAGUGUUUGUUAAUUCUUGAUGGUCACAAAUCACACACCAAAAAUCUUGAUCUUCUCAAUUAUGCUAGCAUAAAUGGAUUGCAUACUUUAUCACUACCACCACAUACAUCCUAUAAGCUCCAACCACUUGAUCGAACUUUGUUCAAAUCUUUGAAAAGUGCUUAUAACUUAGUAUGCACAACAUGGAUGAGAAAGCACCCAGGAAGAAGAAUUACAGUUGAUAAACUUUCAGGACUAUUUUGUCAAGCUUAUGUGAAAGCAGCAACAGUGGAAAAUGCUAUUUCUGGAUUUCGAGUAACAGACAUCAAUCCUUUUAAUCGAGAAAUCCUUCCUGAGUCAGAUUAUUUUGAAAAUCCAUGUUUAAAAGAUAGUUAUACAGGCUUACUUAACUGUGGUUAG